AAACUAAAAUUGGAUUGGAAUGUAAGUCUGUCUUUUCUCUUUCAUCAUCUCUGUAGUUUCAAGUCUUCCUAAAAUUUCUGUCUUAACCUAGCAAAUCCCAACUGUCCAACCGCGUCUUGAAGAACCAGCUCCGAAAUCUCCAUUAAUAUCUCUCCUUUCCUUCAUAUACCCAUUUGGAUUGCCCCCCUUCUUCUUCCUCCAUUCAUCCUUAAAACCUUCCCUUUUCAUUCCUCCGUUACACCAACCCAAACUGCCUUGCCUCAUCUCUCCCUUCACUCUUUUCCAUUCAAAAAGGCCAUGGUUGUUGCCACCAUGCCGUGGCUUUCCGGCUCUAUCAAAGGCACUACCAAUCACACCCUUCAAUUCUUCUUCCAAGACAAAUCCACUCCUCCUACUCUCCGUAUCCUCUGUUUCGACACUGCUAAAACCAUGGCUGCUCUCAUUUCUCUCUACCGUUCUCUCUCCGACGACGAGAUUUCCCGCCUCCAAAACCACAUCCUCCGUUCCAAGGGUGUCGCUUAUUUGAAUUCCCGAGAUGAGGAGUUUCUUCUCAAUCUCGCUUGUUCCGAGCGUCUUGAGGAAUUGAACAAUGCCGCCUCCUCUGUUUCUCGCCUCAGCCGAAAAUGCGCCGAUUUGGGUCUUACCCGAUUCGACCUUCUCUUCUCUGAUAUGAAACUUGGGAUCUUCCAUUCUGUUAAAUCUGAUUCGGGUUUCAAGAAUGUUGCUAAGCUGAUUGCGAGAAUGGAGAAGCUGGUGUUUUUAACGGCGGAGCUUCACUCUGCUAUGGAAAGUCUGAUUGAAAUGGAGGCUUCUGAAAAGAAGCUGCAGAAAUGGAGAACGAUGAGUCCUAAGCAAUUCCCACCGGUAAAUUUUGAGUUGUUUGAUAAAAAACUCGCGUCCCAGAAGAAAGAUGUGAAGCAUUUCAAGGAAAUUUCGUUGUGGAAUCAGAGUUUCGAUUAUGCCGUCGGACUGAUGACGCGACUCGUCUGUUUUAUCUAUGCUAGAAUUGUCACAGUCUUUGGUCCAUUAGCUCCCGAUCAGGCUUGUCCUAUGUAUCACAACCCACAAAUUCGAAUCCUUAGAGACAGAGUAUGGAGGUGGAAUUUCUACGGAGGAAAUCGAAAAUGCGGCGACAACGAAUAUAGACUCGUAACACAAUCCGGCCCUAUUCCAAAAAAGGGGAAAAAGGAAUUGGUCCGAUUUCCAAGUGGGAUUAGAGCGAAAGACGAUAUUGGAAUUGGGUAUGGCGAAUUCAAUUCAUCGACGGGGGCAAAUAACAGAGUAUACACAUCAGCGCCACCGACGACGGUGGGGGGAUCGGGAUUGUCGAUGAACUACGCGAACGUAAUACUAUUCGCGGAGCGGUGUCUAUUGGCGCCGGCGACGAUCGGGGAGGAGGCGCGUGGGGAGCUGUACGAGAUGUUGCCGGCGAGAAUAAAGGAGAAGGUGAGGGCAAAGUUGAGAAGAAAUAAUUGGGUGAAAAGAGGAGGGGAAGAGGAAAUGGGGUACGGCCGUGACGGGAAUUCACUGGCGGCGGGGUGGAGGGAAGCGGUGGAGGAGAUGAUGGGGUGGUUAGGGCCGUUGGCUCACGACACCGUUCGGUGGCAGUCGGAGAGGAACAUGGAAAAACAGAGGUUCGACACGAAUCCGACGGCGUUGCUAAUGCAGACCCUGCAUUAUUCCGAUUUGGAGAAGACGGAGGCCGCCAUUGUAGAGGUUUUGGUGGGGUUGAGUUGUAUAUAUAGGUAUGAGAAUCGCCGGCCGCCAUGCUGCCGGACUUCUGAUCACAUGUAAAAAGAGAGAUUGAAUUGGGUAGUUUAGAAGCUUUUAUUGGCAACUCUGUCGGGAAUUUGUAUUUUUCCUUUUUCUUCUCUGUGAUGAUUGUAGGGUAAUUUGCAGAGUAUGUUGAUUGAUUGGGUUACUCAUAAGGAAUGUUCACAAAUUAUUAUUAUUAAUUAUUAUAUAUUUUUUGGA